AAAACCUACUGUUUCUCAUGUUUUUUUUUUUCUUCACAUAGCAAAUGAAUGAACUAUUUACAAAAAGCUCAGCAAUGUUCACAACUAUUUGCCCAUCAGCCAUCCUGCGUGUAUCUCUGGUCCGUACAGCAGAGGAUACCCUCUGCUCACAAAUCGAGGAAAACUGAAACCAACAAACCUCUGGAGCUUCUAAGUAUCAUGAAAGCAAAAGUAGUUGGACUUGAAUAGCGAGUCAAACCUUUGACCACGCAGCACAUUCCUUUCACGUUCAGUGAUCUCCUGGGAAGCAUUUUAGAAAACAAAGAGGUGUUUUCGCCAUUUUUUCUUGCCACCAUAAGGUUCAGUCGAUGAACUUGAGCGACAAAAGCAAGUGUAACUAGAUCGCCUGGAUGUCCGAAUGAACAGUCCUCCUUCUUCUGGAUCUUUCUGGAACCAAAUCAUGUAAUUUUUUGGGACACUUCUGAGGAAACAGCUUCACUGAAUCUGCAUUUCCAUCGCAAAUAUGAACCCGAGGUUCAAAGUGCUGUUUCUUAUCUAUAACUCUAUACCUUUUGUUCUGUAACACACUGUCACUAGAAGCAGUCGCCUAAAAUUCUUUCUAAUCAACUGGUAUGGAAUAAAUUAUUCCAGUUUAUAAGCCACAAAGUCUUGUGUCAUUAUUCAUUGACUGUUUUGGUUAGGGAGGGGGAAAAAAGAGGCAUGAGAAAGGAAUGAAGAAGAAUUACAUUUAUUCAUGUCACAUGGGUGUUGUCUUCUAACACGCCCCAUUCACACCAUGAGGAGGGACGUCUCGUUUGUAGCCAGUUUGUGGUAUAACCUGUGUGGCAGAUACAUCAUUCAUAAUCGCUUGACGUCUCAUGCUCAAACAGAUUGUGGUUUUGUCAAUUUAGUGAAGCUUUCCUGAUUUUCUUUAUUAGCUGUACUUCUUCUGGAACUUGCUUUUUCUUUGGUUGGCAUGAUGGAUAAUUGUUGUAUGUCGAGUGAAGAACGAGAAGCUUACAGAAUCCACCAAGACAUCGAAAGACAGCUGCGAAAGGCCAAACAAGAAGCACAGCAACAGGUGAAGCUGUUACUUUUAGGUACAGGCGAGAGUGGAAAAAGCACCUUCAUCAAGCAAAUGAGGAUCAUCCAUGGAACAGGCUACUCAGAGGAUGACAGGAGGGCCUUCACCCAGUCCAUCUUCCAGAAUAUAUUUGUUGCCGUGCAAGCCAUGAUCGAAGCCAUGAAGACACUCCAGAUCCCGUUCACAGAUGACAAAAAUGCAAGUUAUGCCGCGAUGCUGCUUAGUGUGACUCCAGAUAAUGUAAGCACUAUGGAUAAGCACUAUGCUGAGGCUAUAAGCAGCAUGUGGCGAGAUCCCAGCAUGCAGCAUUGCUAUGACCGCAGGAGAGAGUACCAGCUCUCUGAUUCAGCCAAAUAUUACCUGGAUGAUAUUGAGCGAAUAUCAGCUCCCCUUUACGUGCCCUCUGAGCAGGAUAUUCUCCGAGUCCGAGUUAAAACCACUGGAAUCAUUGAGUACCCCUUUAACAUUAGCUCUGUUCUAUUCAGGAUGGUUGAUGUAGGGGGUCAGCGCUCAGAGAGGAGGAAAUGGAUACACUGUUUUGAAGAUGUGACUUCUAUCAUUUUCCUGGUGGCACUGAACGAGUAUGACCAGGUCCUGUAUGAGAACCCUAAUGAGAAUCGUAUGGAAGAGAGUAAAGGAGUCUUUAAAACCAUCAUCAACUACCAAUUGUUCCAUAGAACCUCCGUCAUCAUCUUUUUCAACAAGACAGAUCUCCUUCAAGAGAAAAUCAGCAAGUCCCACCUCGCAGACUACUAUCCUGAAUACGAAGGCCCCAAGAAUGAUGCAAAAGCAGCGAUGAAGUUCAUCCUCAAAAUGUAUGAAGCUCUGAACUCGGAUGCAUGCAAGCGCCUGUACUCGCAUUUCACGUGUGCCACAGACACGGAAAAUAUCCGUCUAAUCUUUUCAGCUGUGAAAGACACCAUCAUGAGGAUCCACUUUGAGGACUUCAGUCUGACUUAGAACAUGUGCAGCUAUGUCUUUUAUUUUGAUAGUAUAAUUAUUUAUUUACUACUGUUAUUUAGAUGUCACAUUCCUUUACAGAAGAGUCAUGAUUCACAUGUGAAUUUUACCUGUAUUUUUUUUACUUCACAUAUUAUGUUUUACAAAUUUUUCACAUGUGCAGGUGUUUUUAUUUUUUCCAGAUGUGAUUUUUUUUCUUGCAUGAUUUUUUUUGGACAAUUAUGUACACAUGUUCAUUUUUACAUGUGAUCACAUAUUAUAUCCAUGAUCUAUUCACACUAGCAGUUUCAAGCCAUAACAUGGUGAAAUGCAUCUUCACAUCAGCAUAUGCUCAGAUGUGAAAUGGACAUGAAUUUUCUGUAAGGGUUGUUAUUUUUUUUUUUAAGAGGACAGUUAUGCUUUGUUUUGUGUGUUUUGAAUAUUUCGGUAACCCUACAGUGUAAUACUGCCAAUAUUGCAUUUUAAAGGUUCCUUUCGUUUUGUACAAAAUCACAUUUUCCCAUCUAGAAGCUGGAACUUUUCAACAUUCAAACCCUUAAAGAACUGUUUUUAUUUUCUCUGAGAGUGUAGGUUUGGAGCUAGCCCUACUAACCUACCCUUUAUAGGGUGUGCUAAUUGAUGUUUCCAAAUGAGGGAUAUUUAAAUUUACAUGUUCUUAAAAACACCAUUGAAUCCAAUAAUGCAGCCAAAUGGCAUAUUAACAGUUUGUGAAUAACCAAUGAACCUGUUCUGUGCUGGGGCUUAGUGGUUAACACGUUUGCCUGUCACCUCUGGGGCUGGGGGUUCGAAUCCCGCCUCCGCCCCGUGUGCACAGAGCUCGCAUGUUCUUCCCCUGUGCUUCGGGGUUUCCUCUGGGUUCUCCGGUUUCCUCCUCCAGUCCAAAGACAUGCGUAUACACAUUUCCAAACUGUCAGUAGCAUUUGAAUGUGUGUGUGAUUGUGCCCUGUGAUGGGUUGGCACCUCGUCCAGGGUGUCCCCUGCCUUGUGCCUCGAGUUCCCUGGGAUAGGCUCCAGGAUCCCUGCGACCCUGUGUAGGAUAAGCGGUACGAAAAAUGGAUGGAAGGAUGUUCUGUGUUGUACUUCAGAAUAUGUCCACUAGGUGACAGCACUGUAUUUGGGUCGGCCUACCAGUGAUCAGGUCACCCCAGCUCGAUUCAGUGAGUCAGAUCAUUUGACUCAGCUCAGCAAUAAGACUCGACUCUUUCGGCUAUCAAAUGACUCACUGUGGUUUUUUUUUUUGGUUUUUUUUGCAAUAUAAUGAUAGAUUAUCCUUCUUUGCCUAAAAUGACUGAAAUUAUUUAAUGAAAUCUUGCUCUAGUUUGUAAUGAACAGAAUAAGAUUACAUUUUAUAAAAUCUAUUAAAAUAACUGAUAAUCAGGACCACGAUAUAGUAACUAUCCCUGCCUGAAUGUUUCUGAAGUAUUUUUGAUUAAAUUGCACAAGUAACAGCAGUAACAGCAUUGCUGUCGUUUAAAAAAAAAAAGAAAAAAGUUUCAGCUCAUUGAGUUGACUCUUUUAGAUGAAUGCUGAGUGCUGAUUCAAACAUGCACAAUAACACAAUAUUAUAUAUAUUAUAAUUAAUAAAAUGAAUUGUACAGCAGCCUCCUUCAGUUAAUUAGAAGGUAAAUUAAGAUUAACCAAUUUAAGCCCUAGCUAGGCAAAGAACAAUCUCCAGUUAUAAUAUAUAUCGCAAACUGGCGAUGAGUCGACUGUUAGUGGUGAGACCUAGCCAAAUGAUCACACUCACCCAAACAAGCUGGAAUUCCCAUUUCAAGUCACCACAUGGAAAUGGAAAUUUUAAACCACCUCUGUCUUAAUAAACUGUAAAUGCAUAUUUUUGCGUAUUCUAAAAUAUAUUGCACACUUGUAAGCGUUUCAACUCUAAAUAUGUGUACCUACUGACAUCUUGGAAUUAUAAGGUUCCACUUGAGUUAUAAAUUAUUAUUUAUAUACUUAGAAGUUAUUUGUAAUUAUUUAUAAAUGUUAUAUCUGAGAGGGUUUUUUUUUAAAAUACAAAAUGAAAAAGUUGUAUCUGGUUUGUCCUAGAAAUGACAGUGCUUCAUAUAUGAUAUUCUAUGGGAAGAUGAGACAGAAGAAAAAAAAAAACACUGCACACCAACACCAAAACCUCGUCUGUGAAGCAUGGUGGAGGGUGCAUCAGAGUUUGCACCUGCUUUGCUUUUGAGAGUUAAAACUUUAUGGCUCAAUAUUUUAAGAUCUCACAAUUAAAGUUGCAGUGAUUAAGGCUUACAGUUGCAAGGUCAUGCUAGGUCUUAAAGCAACUGUCUAUACCAAAAAGUUUUGUUGUAUACUUAAAAUAUUUAGAAAAUAAUUUAUUGAGGAAAUGGCAGAGUUUUAGUAUGGAGAGUUAGUAUCAUGUUAUUUUAUUUUAUUUUAUUUAAUGUAGUGCUGUUGGUGCUGUUAUGGAGUGUUUUGUCUUGUUUCCUUAUAUUUUAAAAUAUUUUGUUGUGAUUAAAUUUAUUGAAAUGAAAUACUACUAAUAUUUCUAGUGUAUCUCAUGUGAUUUUAAUGUUGAAAAAUGACCAGAUUUCUGACAUGAUUAGUCCUUUGUGUGUCUGAGGGUUUUUAACAUUACAGGUUUAAACAAGCAACAAUGUCUUUAAAAUUGUACUCUGCUCUAUUGCUUGUAUUCCUUCAUUUCUAAGCUCUGUUUCUGAUCCGCUGUUCAAUCGUUGUUACCGCACUGCCAUAGUGAUGACCUUUGGACCAGAAAGCUUCAGUGGGAGAGAUUAAGUGCAACCUGAUCGUCCAAGAAGGACCUGGGAUUCGAAGGUGUGCUACGAUAAACACAGCAAAUUUCCAUUGUAAAGGGACAGUCAGUGAUUUUUGGUAGGCGGAAACUGAAAUGCUGUUUUGAAACUCAAAAUACAAACAAAUAUGGUCUCUCCCUUCAGUGUGCCCUGAAAAGCCACGCCCCCCAGGCUAGGACACCUGAAUGAGCCGGGGGUUUUUGAAUUCAUGGGCAAGUAGAGACCACUCCAUGUCCUGAUUGGUUGGUGUUGAAUUCGUGGUCCACAGCCUGACAUUCCUGCUGUGAGCACGUGUUUAUUUGAAACUGCUUGAAUGUGAAAAGAAGUAGUACAAGUAUUACAAUGUUUUUGAGGGUACUACUAGUACUUAUGUAGCAAAAUAAUUAAGAGAUACCAGUGCUUCAGGGAUGAUGUUCUAUGGAAAGAUGAGACAGAAGCUGAACAGAAGACAGGCACUGCACAGCAACACCAAAAUCUCAUCUCAUCUGUGAAGCAUGGUGGAGGUAGCAUCAUGGUUUCUGGCUGCAUUAUGGACAGCUUGCAAUUUUUUGAGGAAAUAAUACAUUUAAUGUUAUCAAGUAUCAAGACAUUUUAUAGGAACAUUUCAGGGUAGCGUAAAGCUUAAAGAAGUUUGGUGAUUAAACAAGACAAUGACACCCCCCCCAAAAAAAAAAAAAAAAAAAAAAAGUCAACAACAGAUAAUUUGUAUUUUGGUAUGGCCGGACUUUAACCCCAAACGAGAUGUCAUGUCAUGACAUGCAGAGGGCUGUUCAUGCAACAAUAUUAACAAACUGAAACAGUUUUAUAGGAAAAAUUCCAUCUCAAGUCUGCUGUAGGAAACAUUUGCUUAUUAUUUGUGGAGGUUAUUGCUGCUGAAAGAGCUUUAAAUGCAAAGGUUCACAUCCUUUUUCCAGUCAGUACUGUUAAUGA